AUGGGGAAUUGUCAGGCAGUUGACGCUGCGGCCCUAGUGAUACAGCAUCCAUGCGGGAAGCAGGAAAGGAUGUACUGGCCUCUCACUGCCAGUGAGGUGAUGAAAAUGAAUCCAGGGCACUAUGUUUCUCUCAUAAUUCCAUUACCUGUUUCUGGUGAUGGACAAGAGAAUCCAGAUGACAAAAAGAUCAUCAGGUUCACCCGUGUUAAGCUACUCCGCCCCACUGAUACUCUAGUUCUUGGGCGGGCAUAUCGGCUUGUCACCACUCAAGAGGUGAUAAAAGUGCUUAGAGCAAAGAAACAUGCUAAAUCGAAGAAAACCCAGUCAGAGUCAGGCGAAAAUUUACUGAUGAGCUCCGAAAAGCAUGCCUCCAGCUUGAAGCUUGAAGCAGGAAAGUCCACGUUAGAGAAGAAGCAUCCGGCCAUUAGAACGGAAAGACAUCAACCAAGAUCAGGACAUACAAAUCUCGCUGCACAAAGAUCCAAAUCAUGGAGACCGUCUCUACAAAGCAUUGCAGAGUCUGGAAGUGGAAGUAGUUAGCAGUAGUAGAUGGCCCCUGCAAUAAGAGUAAUCAUAACCAUUAAACAUCAAACUUGUCCGGUAAAAAUUCAUCUGUAUAGCCAAUAGUAUAGAUUUCAAAACUCGAAUCCCUUUCUUGACCAGUACAGUUUUGCUAGUGAAUUUUUCUCACCCCAACUCCUUUGUGUUCUCAAUUAACCGACCUGCCUUGAGAUAUAAAUGUACACAUCAUACCGCAUAAAUAUCCUCUGCAAAUA